CUUCCCUCCAGUCCAUCCUACAGAGGCACAGAUCACCCUCCUGCAACAUGUGGACAAAAACCUCCGGCUUGCGGGGCAAGCGCCUCCAUUUUGCCAUCACCCUCACCUCCGUUGUCGGCUUCUCGCUCUUCGGUUACGAUCAGGGCUUGAUGUCCGGCAUCAUCAACGGUACUGAGUUCGUCAAGGAGUUUCCCGCUCUCUCUACCAGUGGCCCCGUCCCAGCUGGAUACACCGAGAGCUCCUACUCCGCCCAUGUCUCGGUUCUUCGCGGUGCUGUCACGGCUUGUUACGAGCUGGGUUGUUUCUUCGGUGCCAUCUUCACGCUCAUCUACGGCGAACGUAUUGGCCGGACCCCGUUGCUGGUCGCCGGUGGUCUCCUAAUGGUUCUUGGUACAGUGAUUUCCACCGCUGCGUUUGGUUCCCAUUGGGGUCUGGGCCAGUUUGUUAUCGGUCGUGUCAUCUCGGGUAUCGGAAACGGCAUGGACACGGCCACCAUCCCCGUCUGGCAGUCAGAAUGCUCACGCUCCCACAACCGUGGUUUCCUCGUCUGCUUCGAGGGUGCCAUCAUCGCCGUGGGCACUUUCAUCGCCUACUGGAUCGAUUUCGGUCUCUCCUACGUGAACAACUCGGUCCAAUGGCGCUUCCCCGUCGCAUUCCAGAUUGUCUUCGCGAUCUGUGUGACCAUCGGCGCUCUGAUGCUUCCCGAGUCGCCGCGAUGGUUCCUCAUACGGGGACACGACCAGGAGGCAUUGGAAGUUCUGGCAGCCCUUAACGACAGUUCCCCCGAUGCUGACGAUGUGCUUACGGACUUUAACCUCAUGAAGGCCGAUCUCAAGGCCAUGCAGGGCGCCAAGGGUAACUGGAAGACUCUCUUUACCUUCGGCAAGACCCAAGAGUUCCAGCGCAUGAUGAUCGGUUGCUCUGGUCAGUUCUUCCAGCAGUUCACCGGCUGCAACGCCGCCAUCUACUACUCGACCCUGCUGUUCGAGCAGAACCUGGGCAUGACGGGCAAACUGCCCUUGAUCCUGGGUGGUGUCUUCGCCACUGUCUACGCCCUGUCAACCAUUCCCUCCUUCUUCAUGAUCGAGAAGGUCGGUCGCCGCAACCUGUUCCUGAUCGGGUUCGCGGGCCAGGGUCUCAGUUUCAUCAUUACCAUGGCAUGCCUGAUCGACGAAAACUCGCAGAACUCCAAGGGUGCGGUGGUCGGAAUUUUCCUGUUCAUCUGCUUCUUUGCGUUCACGACCCUCCCGCUGCCGUGGAUCUACCCUCCCGAAAUCAACCCUCUCCGCACCCGUACCAUGGCUGCGUCAGCCUCGACCUGCACGAACUGGAUCACCAACUUCGCCGUGGUGAUGUUCACGCCCGUGUUCUCGGACACCAGCAAAUGGGGCAUCUACCUCUUCUUCGCGCUGGUCAACUUCAUCGGCAUCCCGUUCGCCUGGUUCUUCUAUGCCGAGACCGCGGGCCGCGAACUCGAGGAGGUGGACAUCAUCUUCGCCAAGGCCCACAUCGAGAAGAAGUGGCCGUACCAGGUCGCGAACGAGCUGCCCAAGCUCAGCCCCGAGCAGAUCGCCCAGAUGCAGCAGGAUCUGGGUCUGGACACGCCGGAUCAUCACGUCGUGUCGGAGGCCGAGAAGGCCGAGGUCGCCAUGAGCAGCGGCGAGAGCGUUGAGAAGCAGGAGUAGAUGUUAUACCCCGAUACCCAAUUGUCGAAGGCUUCCUUCCAGCCCACGGUAGAUCUGUUUGUCAUGCGAUAUGAUCCGUUUUGUCCGAUGGCUCGAGGUAGCUGUCGGCUGUUAUGAUGUGUUUUCUCCUGUGUCUAGUGGCCGAUACCCCCUUCUACUAGCAAUCAGAGAAUUUGUCCGGCUUUGUCCGCUUAGUAUAGAUUCAGUGGAAUGAGAUUGUUACGUACUCCUCUUAUUUAC